AUUGUAGACUAUUUGGAAUUUAUUCUCAAUCCAAAAUAGUUUGCUGCAUUUUGGAUGCAGCAUACACCUGUGGGAACUUUGGGUUCUUGAAAUGACUUACAUGCAAUUGUUCUGAAGACAAGUUCUGCCUCUGAAUGAAAUGCCAUCACCUCUGGACCCAGAGGCCUCUACACAUUGCACAUUAUGCCUGGGGUAAAACCAUGCCUACUACUUUUUCCAGCCACAGGGUGUCCUUCCCUGGAAGUAUCCAGGGUCCCAGGGAAAGAAGCCUGCUUGCCUUAGGCAGGUCUCAGAGAGUGCCAAGGGCUACUGGGAACAUGGCUAAGGAUGGACUGACAUGUGGUUAUAGGCAGGCAUUUAUGGACACAGAUAUUUUGGACAUGAAUGAAAAGGGCACCAUGAAAAAUCUGAAUGACCCCCUGGCUGCCUACCUAGACAAAGUGCUCUCCUUUGAGAAAUCUAACAUGCAACUGGAGCAGAACAUCCAAGAGUUCUAUAUGAAAUGAGCAUCAACUGGUACCCAUGAUAUGAGUGACUGUUUCAAUGCCAUGACACAGCUGAAGUCCAAGAUUCAGAAGGAGAAAAAUGCUGGACUGCUCUUACAGAUUGAUAAUGCCAGACUUGCUGCUGCUGAUUUCAUGUUGAAGAGGUGGCUUCUCUCCAGGGGUGCCUGGGGGGGCACUGUCAAUGUGGAGGUUGACUCCAUUCCUGGCACUGAUUUACAAAAAAUCCUGGGUGAGAUCCGUGACCAGUAUGAGGGUGUCUUGGAGAAGAACCGCCAGGAAGCUGAAGCUCUGCACCAAUCCCAGAGCCUUCCGUAAGCCAUCGGGUGAAGACUGUCGCUGAAGAACUGGUAGAUGGCAAGGUUGUGUGGAGGAGGUGGAGGAGGUGGAGCACCAGCGUUGAAAGAUGCUGCCUUCUCUCUAGGAGUGGUGACGGUGCAAUGAUGAUGGCGAGGAAGAGGGGGAAGGGAGCACAGCUCUGUAUGACUUUUUCCUAUUGAUUUCAUAUAAAAAUCUUGGCCUGCAAAUAAGUGAACCUUUCAUUUAUGCCAAGGUAUCUGCUGGCUCUGGCUUUUAAAAUUAGUUAGUGGGUUUGAAGUUUUUGAAUCUUAAUAUCCACAGCUCCCUUGGAUUCUUCUGCAUAAUCUGCUAACCAUGUCUUGGAGACACCACACUAACUGGUUUUAGAGGACAUGUCCUAAUGACAUAAUCUUCAUUCAUUCUUAGCUGUUCCAGUUUUAAAGCAGCAUUUUCUGCUUUCUCCCAACACAAGCCUUGGCAUAUGGGUGAUCUACAGCACCUCAGUCAGGAACCUGGUAAUGGUGUGGUCAGGGACUGGGAUCUGCUGAGUUACAAUUGGCCAGUUGAGACUGCUGCAGAUAUAUCCCCUUUCCUCUAGUAAUUGGACAAUGCCCUCCACGGCCAUUCUGCUUGAGCUGAAGGAAAAACCGAACGCUUGGUUUCCAUGGAGGCAUUUGUCAGCGUGAUGCCUACUGCAUGCCUCUCAAAACACCAUUCAGGCAUUUGGUGGGCUCCUAAUAGAUACAGGUAUAUUGGUCUUCUGAAAGACUAUUAGACCUGUGGUCUUUUUUGAAUGAGACUUUUUAUGAUUAUUCUCCUCUUUGGGCUCAUUUGGAGAGUGUGUAAUACCUUUGAAAUCUUGGCAAGUUUUAACUACUAGGUACUGGGAUCUUCACUGCCAACUUUGAAAGCUACUAAGUAGCACAUAUGAUUAUGAAUAGGUAAUUGGUUACAUUUGGACCCUCAAUCACAUGAGAAACUGUGAAAUAACCCACAUUUGAAAAUAUUAGGGAACUUGUUUUAUUGAAAUUCUUGAUCUGAACAAGGGAUUAGUAUUUUAAAUCCGUUGAUUUCUAAUGAUUGUUUUAAAGAUUUUGCGAUACUUGUUUUAAGUUUGACUUACCUAUAAUAUGUGCUUGGCAGUAUAUAUGAAAUAUCUGGAAUCUAUAGGACUGCCUCCUCUGACCAGAUUCAACCAACUGGGGAUAUCAAGAGAGCCAAAGCUAGAAAGUGCUGCUUCUCUGUAGUUGCACUGAUACUAUGGAG